CGUGAAUCUUGUGACGAGAGGUUGUACAGAUGGACUCAAUCACAGCGGCGGCCAACAUGGCCAAGUGUGCCAAGGAGAAGAAUGAAUGCAUGAAUGAGUGCGCGAGAUCUGUUUGUUCUCUCCGUGUGUGAUGUGCAGCACCAUCAUCGGGAGUGGCAUUCUUGGCCUUAGUGCAUGUGCAGACGCGGGGGGUGUGCUUCUCUAUUCGGUGUUCUUGGUGGCAGCGUGUCUUUCCACAAUCACCGGUAACAAACCUAUGGCGGCAUCCUCAAUGCCCCCGUCCAUCUGUCUGUCUGUCUGUCUGUGUUGUCUUUGCUUGGUGUGGACGACGUCUGGACAGGUGUGCUGUUUCUUGUUGGCGCGUCAGAGAUGUCGUCAUCGGCCAAGUCCUAUGAGUCCCUCGCAUCGACCGCCAUGGGGCCGACAGGCGUCUUAAUUACCACUGCAGCCGUCCUGGUGCAGUGCCUGGGAGCAAUGACCAGGUACCAGUACGGGUGUGAUCAACCAACCAGCCCUCACACACUGAUGAAUGCCUUCAAGUGUUACGUCCGUGCUUGUGUGUCUGGUGUCUUUCUUCAGCUACCUGAUGAUACUGUGUGAUGUGGGCCCGCAGAUAAUCGGCACAGUGUCCCCCGUCCGCAUCGAGUCCUCUGUCCUCCUCUGUGUGUUUAUCAUCUUGCUGUGGUUCCUCUGCUGUCUGAGGGAUCUUCGCAGCCUCCGCGGGGUCAGUCUGUUCGCUGUGGGUGUCUACAUGGCCUUCUCUAUCACAACGGUCAUCUAUGCCAUAGGCGGCUUCACUGAGCAGGUCGACGACAAGCCGCCGGUGGAGUGGGUCAAGUUCUCCCCCGACGUGAUAGUGCGGUUCCCCACCUGCCUCUUCGCCUUCAACUGCGCGACGGUGGUGCUGCCCAUCUACUCACAGCUGCGGGAGCCCUCCAUCAAGACCAUGCGGACAGUGGCCGGGCUGGCCUAUGGGUUUGUCUUUGUCGUGUAUUUCUGCUCCUCCAUCGCCGGCUACAUGACCUUCCGCGGACAAGUCAAGUCGAACCUGCUGGACAACUACAGCCAAGACAGCCAAUGGCUGAACGUCAUGCGGCUGCUCAUGACAGUAAGACGACAGACACCGAAGACAUGAUGGGCAGGGCAGGGCAGGCAGCGACGCGCUUGAAUGACUCGACCGCCAGCCGUCACGAAUAUAUGUGCUGAUUCUGUCAUGUUGUGUCUGUUGGUCAGGUGGUAAGAAAAAUGAGAGACACUGAAAGUGUUUCCUGCCUGCCUGGACGCCUGCACACCUGCACGCCCGUCGGGCGGAUGUGUGGACGUAGGCCACGAUAUUCAGCUACCCAUUCUCGUGCGUGGGUAAGUAAGCACUUCAGGCACACGUACGCACAUCAGUGGAUGAUUAGAUUGCGUGGGUAGAUGUAAUGAAUGUACUGUUCACUCAUCUCAUCCCUCUGUAUGUAUGUAUGUUUACUCAUCUCAUCCCUCUGUAUGUAUGUAUGGGUAUUGGGUGUCUGUCUGCAGGUGCCCGCCAAGCGUUGGCGUACGUGUUGUUUCGGCCCGACAAGCCCGGCCCCCUGCCCUUCCAUCAGCACGUGGGGCUGAGCACAUUCAUUGUCCUCUUCACUGCGACAUGUGCAAUGAAGAUUCCCGACCUCAAGUAAGACAGACACACAGACAGACAGCCGCAGGCAUAUUGUGUGUGUGUGUCAGGUAUGCAUUUGGCAUCACGGGUAGCACCGCCACCGUGCUGGUGGCCUACCUCCUGCCGUCCCUCUUCCACCUCAUCAUGACUUACAGAGAUACACUGCCCGCUGCCAAGAACACACGGUGAGUAUCCACCCAGCGAGCAGAGAGAGGACCACAUGUGCGCUGAUCCUGGCGCCUGGCUGGGUGCGUGGCUGUUUGCAGCAGCUACGGGUCUGUGACGCUGCAGAAAGAGACAAGGGCAGGAGCAUUUCUCGGCCGCGACAUCGGCAAUGUGUUGAUGAUAGGCGUGUCCUGUGUGGUUAUGGCAGUGGCCUUGACCACCAACAUCACUGUUCUCAUGCAGGGACGCGACAGCUGACUGACUGACAGACAGACAGGUGUACUGAGCUGAGUGUGUCGACAGUGGUCGACGUUCUGCCUGCGACUGACUGCAGUAAGAGUGCAGUUUUUUUCGCUCAUGCAGCUAGCUGGGUGAGGUUGGUGAUGGAUGCGAUUAUGAUGCAUAUGUGAUGCGAGUGAACUCUCUUAAGAGCCAGCUGGUUCAUAUGUACAUCUACA